GGGUUCACCCCCAUGUGCAAGGUACUUCCCCCUCCUGUCGUCAUGACGUUUCUGCACACCCUCUUUACCGCCUUCGACGAUAUGCUGGACCGACACCGCGUAUACAAGGUUGAGACCAUCGGCGACUGCUACAUGGUCGCCGGGGGCCUUAUUCGCGAGGACGAGGACGGCAUGGCGGCAGUCCAGGGAGGGGGGACUGCUAUGUUGGUCGCCGCCUCCUCGGUCCGCCUCCCCACCACGGGCGCUCCCGUGAAGAUCCGCGUGGGCAUACACAGCGGGCCCGUGGUCAGCGGAGUGGUGGGAACACGCAUGCCGAGGUUCUGUCUGUUUGGAGACACAGUAAACACGGCUAGCCGCAUGGAGAGCACUGGUGUCCCCGGCAGCAUCCACAUCAGCGAGGAGUGUUUCCACCUGCUCAAGAGCCGGGACGAAACUGCGGCCGAGGGCUGGCAGGCCACGGGGGGUAUUGAGGUAAGGGCCAUUGGCGGUUGA